UAAGAAGACAUUAUGUUGGAUAAUAGGAAGAGCUGUAGAGUUUGCAGGUGUCAACCGUGGCCUUAAUAAGCACACUGAUAGCAUCAAUGCCAGACAGAUGGUUCUUCAUUUGAGAACCAGUCCUUUCAUAUUUCUCCAUAAUAUGUCAAACUUUCUUACCCAUCCUUAUUUCCCAUAUCCUUUUAGAAUAUUUAGGUCAGGCACAUGUGGCUGAUGGCUGCCAUAUUGACAUUGCAGUUCUGGAAGAUGGAGAGAUAUAUGACACAAUAAAUUUAAUUAAAAGGUCCUAUUACUGCUGGAUUGUGCAAGAUAUUUAACACUCUUUUCUUUGAGGUAUGACUUAAAUAUAAAACAUCUUAAAUAAGAAAAGGGAAACAUUUUAGUUGUGGAAGUCAGAAUGCCAAGGAGAAGGAAAAAUCUUGGGGGAAAUCCUUUUCGGAAGACUGCAAACUCUAAGGAAGUUGUAUCCAGUGUUGCUAGUCAUGAGGAGCCAACCACUACUCUUCCUUCCAUGUAUGAGACAAAAGUUGAUCAGGAAGAACUCUUCACCAGUAUCUCAGAGAUGUUUUCUGAUCUGGAUCCUGAUGUAGUGUAUUUGAUGCUUUCUGAAUGUGAUUUCAAAGUUGAAAAUGCCAUGGAUUGUCUAUUAGAAUUAUCUGCCACUGAUGCUAAGAUAGAAGAAUCAUCUUCUGAGAACCAAGUAAAUGCAACGGCAUGUGAAAUAAUGGAAAAGUGUCCUCCUAAAGAAGAGAGUGAAGAUUCAAAAAUGGAUUCAUUUUUGGACAUGCAGCUAACUGAAGACUUAGAUUCCUUAAUACAGAAUGCGUUUGAGAAAUUGAAUACUUCUCCUGAUGACCAAGUAUACUCGUUUUUGCCUUUGCAAGAUGUUAAUAGUUUUAGUGACCCGAGUGCGUUUAUAAAUUCAGAUUCAAGUAGUACAAAUCCUGUUCUUUCUACCCAAAAUACGGAUUUGAACAGUGAAAAUUUAGAGAGUUCUGCCUCUACAUUAAGUUCAGAUUCCUUAACUUCACAUUCAGUUUCAGAUGAGCCCAAAGGUUUUACAAAGGAUAACACACUGGCAUCGGAAGAUUCUCUUCUCAGUAGUUCUUUAAAUGUAGCAAAUGACACUAUGGUGGAUUGUAGCAGUCAAAUUCAGAGAGAGCUUUUAGAAUCUGAGUGUGUUGAGACCCAGUUCUCUCAAGCCCCUGUAGAUUCGGAUGCCAGUGAACUUCAGGCUCCUUUAAACCUUACUGUGCAAAACCCGGGGCUUGGUUUACUAGGUACAGGUGGGGAUCAGAAAUCCACUUCUGUCUCUGAUGUUUUUGUACCUGCUGAAGAAUUCACUUUCCAGCCACACAAACCUGCUGAACUGCCACCAAAGGGGAAGGAUGUGAACUACUGCCCAGUACUUACCCCUCUCCCUCUAUUGCUGCCUCCUCCUCCCCCUCCACCAAUGUGGAAUCCAAUGAUUCCUGCUUUUGACCUCUUCCAAGGAAACCAUGGCUUUGUAGCUCCCGUUGUAACCACAGCUGCACACUGGAGACCUGUCAACUAUACAUUUCCAUCCCCAGUUAUCUCUCACACUUCCCCAACAAAGGGAUGGAGGAAUAAGGAGGGAUCAAGUGCUUAUCAAAUACAAGAAGCUCCAGUUUCUCAGGUUGUAAGAAAGAAGACAUCAUCUUAUGUUGGACUAGUUCUUGUUCUUCUCAGAGGGCUUCCGGGAUCAGGAAAAUCUUUUUUGGCAAGGACUUUGCAAGAAGAUAAUCCAAGUGGAGUCAUUCUUAGUACUGAUGAUUAUUUUUACAUAAAUGGACAGUACCAGUUUGAUGUAAAGUACUUAGGAGAAGCCCAUGAAUGGAACCAGAAUCGUGCAAAAGAAGCAUUUGAGAAGAAGGUGUCACCUAUAAUAAUAGAUAAUACAAACCUACAGGCAUGGGAAAUGAAGCCAUAUGUUGCUUUGUCUCAAAAACAUAAAUAUAAAGUCCUUUUCCGGGAACCGGAUACAUGGUGGAAAUUCAAACCAAAGGAACUUGCAAGGCGUAAUAUUCAUGGGGUAAGCAAAGAAAAAAUAACAAGAAUGUUGGAACACUACCAACGUUUUGUUUCAGUGCCAAUAAUCAUGAGUUCUUCAGUUCCAGAGAAAAUUGAACGUAUUGAGUUGUGUGCAUAUUCUUGUGAAGACAGAAGUACUAGCCCAAGAGACAAUGAAGAUAUUACUUCUGAAAAAGAAGAAAAUGUUUUAUCCUCAUCUUUGAAGCAUCUAGAGCUAACUGAAGAGAAGAAACUUGAUGUGACCAAAGAAACUGUGUUACCUGAGAAUGUUCCGUGUCUCCCUAAUGCAGAUUUAAACAAAGGAAGAAAAGAAAUAAGUGGUGUGAAUCCUAACAUUCAGAGUGCCUUCAUUCAGGAAGCUCUAGACAUGUACUUUUCUGAUUCUGAAGGCAAAGUACGAGUAGCAGACAAAAGUGAAAGAGAAGAACCCGUAGAAAUGCCUUCGGAAAAAGAGUGUGGUAAAACCAAUGCAGAUAGGUCUGUAGAGAGCGUGUCACCGACUCUUUGCUCUGGAAAUAAUCAAGAUGACUGUGGUCUUUCAAGUACUGUGCCACUUCAAAAUGAAAAAUCUUCAUCUGGUGAAAUACUGGAAGAAAGAGCAGCAGUAAAGAAAAAAGCCUUUGGAAAGCAAAAAAGCAAAUCACCUCUGGAAAAGCUCCCAAAACAUGAGCUCUCUUUUGUUGGUGACUGGCCAGUUGAUAAGACUAUUGGUCAGAGGACGAAAAGGAACCGAAAAACUGAGAAAGCUUCAUGUGUACAAGGUGACAGAAAGUAUAAUCGCCCUCAGUCACAUAAAAUAUCAGAUCAUAGUUCAUCUGUGAGUAUAGAUUGUAUUCAACCACAGGCAUCUCCACAUGAAAACGUAGAGAGUGACAAGUCACAGUGUGACGAUGCUUUGGAAUCUUUCAAUAGCUGUAAAUAUGAUACUUAUAAAAAUACGGAAAAAGACUCCUUCAACAUUGUGGGCGACUGGCCUUCACCUGAUUCUUUAGCUCAGAGAGAGCACAGAUCAAGAAUGCCAAAGGCUGACCUAAAUGAACCCAACCUAGAAUUCGGCACUAACAACAGUAUGAGUGAAGUAUCCUUAUACACAGCACACGAGGCCUGUUGGGGCACAAACCCUGAAGAACUAAAAACAUUGGGUAGUUCUACUCAAGGCAGGUCUGAAAUGCUGCCCAGUGAGAUGACCGGUGAUACUAAGACUUGUCCCGGUAAAAAGAUUCAAAGGCAACACACAUUGUCUCUUGCCUUUACCAAUAGUGUGCCAGCUCUUCUUGGAGGAAUUGGCCCGCACACUCUAGCUGAAGUUCCAGAAGAAAAGCCUAAAGUCCCUGGAAUAGAAGUAGGCAUGUGGACCCAGACCGAACCGCAGGAUUUUGCUCUCUUAUGGAAAUUAGAAAAGAAUAAAAUUAAUGUUUCAGAUUCUCUGAGGGUACUAACAGGAAGAUUAGAUGGAUUUAAACCGAAAAUUUUCAAUAUUAACACAAAAUUAGAUGUUCAAGAAACAAUUCCAUAUAGGGUAAUGUAUGACAAAAGCACAUAUGUUGAAGAAAGUGAGCUUACUAGUGCUGAUGAAUCUGAAAAUCUUAACAUUCUUUGUAAACUAUUUGGAUCCUUUUCAUUAGAAGCCCUAAAAGACUUAUAUGAGAGGUGUAACAAAGAUAUUAUUUGGGCCACAAGCCUUUUACUGGAUUCUGAAACUAAAUUAUGUGAAGAUACUGAAUUUGAGAAUAUCAAAAAAUCAUAUGAUGAGGCACAAAUUGGGCCAUUUUCUCUGGGACUGAAUUUGAAGGAAAUUAUCAGCCAAAGAGGAAGCUUCGAGGAUUUGAAUUCUUCUGUGCCAGAAUUUAGCCAUGGAAUUGAUAUCAGUAACACCAGUGUACAGUCUGCCUGUAAUUUAGAAAAGGAAAACUUAGAGCAGGGAGAGAUAAAUGCGAUAAGUACUGAAAAGCCUGGAUUACUAACAAGUAUAUUUCCUAACAUAGAUCGAAAGAAUAGAAAUGAAGUACUUCCUACUAAUCAGGCAGAACUUUCAGGUUUAUGUAACGUUAAGCAGUUUUUUCCAGCUACUCUGAAAGCUACUGCCACUAAAAAUGUGAGUGAAAUGGAGAAGAAUCCUGAAGGCACAGAGAUUGGAGACAGUAUACACUCGUCUUCGAAUUUGUCUGAUAUUUUAAACUCUGUGUCGAGCACUUCAAAUCUUGAAUUACAGGAAGAACCUUAUUUUAGUGACUCUUCUGAAAUAAAUAAAACUGAAAAUCUUCCAAAAGAUUAUGUGAAAUUUCCAAACACAGAAGACUGUAUCAAUGAAGAGGAACAGGAAAUGGAAAAAAUUCUCAUGGCCGGGAGUACUUUGUCAGCUGGACUUACUGAAGAAGAUCAGACCGAGACGUUGAAUCCCACGCCAGUGACGGCCAAAUCUCUGACCAUAGAUUGUCUGGAAUUGGCAUUACCCCCUGAACUGGCUUUUCAGCUUAAUGAAUUAUUUGGCCCUGUUGGUAUUGAUUCAGGGUCCUUAACAGUUGAGGAUUGUGUGGUUCAUAUAGAUCUGAAUCUGGCUAAAGUGAUUCAUGAGAAAUGGAAAGAAUCUGUAAUGGAGCGACAAAGACAAGAAGAGGUAUCCUGUGGCAAGUUAAUGCAAGAUCCUUCCCUGGUUGGGCAUGCUGGUCUUGACAGUCCAGAACAAAAAUCAUCUCAGAGAACAGGCAAAAAAUUAUUGAAGACUUUAGCAGCACCUGAAAUGAUACCCUUAUUGGAUCAUUGGAACACUCAAACUAAAAAAGUAUCACUCAGAGAAAUAAUGUCAGAAGAAAUUGCCUUACAGGAAAAGCAUGAUUUGAAAAGGGAGACACUUAUGUUUGAAAAAGAUUGUGCCACUAAGCUAAAGGAGAAGCAGCUCUUUAAGAUAUUUCCAGCCAUUAACCAAAAUUUUCUGGUGGACAUUUUCAAGGACCACAACUAUUCUCUAGAACACACAGUGCAAUUUCUAAAUUGUGUUCUUGAAGGAGACCCUGUAAAAACAGUUGUAGCGCAAGAGUUUGUUCACCAAAACGAGAAUGUCACUUCUCAUACUGCACAGAAGUCUAAGGAGAAAAAGGUGAAAAAAUUAAAAGAGACUGAAGAGACAUCAAGCGAACCGUCUUUCCAGGAUUUUGAGUACCCCGAGUAUGAUGACUACAGGGCAGAGGCUUUCUUGCACCAGCAGAAGAGGAUAGAAUGCUACAGCAAGGCGAAAGAAGCUUAUCGGAUGGGGAAGAAAAAUGUGGCCACGUUUUAUGCCCAGCAGGGUAGUCUUCACGAGCAGAAGAUGAAAGAAGCCAAUCACCUUGCUGCCGUGGAGAUCUUUGAGAAAGUCAAUGCCUCCCUGCUGCCCCAGAAUGUUUUAGACCUCCAUGGGCUGCAUGUGGAUGAGGCUAUCGAACACUUGACGACAGUUUUACAGCAGAAAACUGAAGAAUUUAAGCAGAAUGGGGGUAAACCCUAUCUUUCUGUGAUUACGGGGCGAGGAAACCACAGCCAGGGAGGAGUUGCUCGCAUCAAACCAGCCGUCAUUAAAUACCUCACAAGCCAUAACUUCAGGUUCUCUGAAAUUAAACCAGGGUGCUUGAAAGUCAUGCUAAAGUGAAAUAAACACCCUUGACUUACAAAGUGUGAACUUCGUAGGUUAAAAUUAGUUUUAUUUGCAGUGAUUUGUCAGUUUUACUGUAAAUAUGUUUUAUUAGAAAUAAUGUCCAGUUAUAAAACAGAAAAACAUGUUUCAAAAUUCAAGAGAAGUUUAAUUUUUUACUGAAUCAAAUGCCAAAUAUGUUGUCUAUUAAAAAUACUAAAGAGGAUUUUUACUGAUCACAAGAUGUCUAAGAAAAUUAUCAGCUACAGUUUUAAAGACUGAAAUGCUCUGAUUCUUUCUCAGACAGAAAAUGUUACCUUUGUAUUAAUUGUUGUUUGACAUUUAGUAAAGUCUUAAAGGCUUCUUUGAGAGGUAUUUAAAAUGCUUUGAGACCUAGUUCAUGCCCUUCAAGGCUUGUAUUUAAGAAAGAAGAAGCAUUAGUGGUGGUAGUAAUGAAAGACAAAAACACUUGAGUGUUUUUUGACUUCAAAACAAUACAAAAAAAUCAUUUUGCCCUAUCCUACUGGAAGGAAGACAUGCAUUGUACCUUCUGCUUUGUAUAUGAUCAUUCUCUCUUACCUUUUGUUCCUUUGUUCUCUGUGUGUGCAUUUUCUAGGAGUAAAAUUGGGGUCUGAGAUUAUAUUGCAGUUUUAUACCUUCCAUAGCAGACAAGUUUUCAGAGAAGGAGAAAUGGUUAGAUAUCUCCCAAGUGUUGCUGUCUUCUAGAACUGUCUAAGUGGUAUUUAAGACAGUACUAAAGAGCUAUAUUUUGUAUUUUGAGGCAUGUAAUUUCUAAACUGCAAGAGGUGAAAAUCCUAUUAAGACAGAUAUAGAAAACAUUUUUGAUAUAAUCAUAAAAGAAAUUCUUAACAUUUAAAAGUUUUUUACCUUUAUUUUUAAAAAGAGCCAACUUUCUGAAAGGAAACUUUCAUUAACUUCUGUUUUUUGGUGAGCUAAAGAGUCCUGUUAGUAUGUCAGUUAACAUUUCCUUUACACAAAUUUAUGUGGUAAAGUGUAAUUUUCCAAAUGAGACACUGGCUUAAAUAAAUUUGACUUUGGAUAUGGAGACUAUUUUCAACAUACGUAAUUUUAGCAAACAAUUGUAUUGCUUUUUGAUAAGCUUAAAAAUUAUUUGGAUCAGGAAUUACAGUAUUGCGCUAUUACUGAAAGAAUGCUGAAUUACAGAAUGGUUUCCCAAAAGAAUAGACAUUUUAAUGAAACUGAAACUCAAAACCACAUUUUUAUAUAUCAUGAAAGCAUGCUUGUAAGAGAAGAGCCAUAUCAUUGAAUUUAUUUCCACAAAAAUAGUCAUGUAUGUUUAUUAGUUAGAAAUAGUGACUAGUAUUGAAGUAUUAUUCACAUUGUUAUGUUUGUAGCAAUCUGUUUAAAAAAGAAAAAGUGCCAACAAUUUGGCAUAUGUUUUUUGUGAUUUGUAUACAUUAAAAAUAAAGCAGUUCCUUUCGACAACUUAUAAAAUUACAACUGUUAAAUAUUUCUAUGUAUAAAUUGAUAAGAAAUAAGAAAUGUGAAUAGCUACUAAAACCUAGAAUUAUUUGAGUGUGCAGCUGCAUGCUCAUUUUCUGUGUUUUUAUAUUUCCUCACCCAGUUUUAAAAAAAUGCAUCGCUUUUGAGCACUUCAGCUGUACGUAUUUCAGUAUUAUUUAUUAUAAUUAUGAUUAAUAUGGGAGCAGUCAAAAAGAACAAGAGGUGAGGUAUUUUGCGGGCAGAAAUCAAAUGAAAAGAAGCUAUGUUUUUUACUAUAUCAACUCUAAUUUUAUGCUUUAUUUUGGUAGAUCUAGGAUAUUCUUAAUCAUCAUUCAUAAAUAUACAGGCAAAUUGUGAGCAUCUUAAGUGUUUUUAUGAAAUUGUAAACAAAGCUACCAAACUGCCUCCUACCCCGCUGUCUGGCGUAGUUUAAACAACACAUAAUUAUGAAAGAAAAUUUUAUAACUGCUCCUUUCUUGUUUUGCCUGUUUCUAAACCUGCAGGCCAAAGGUAAACAAGAGUUUGGGGAUUAUCACAUUUUUCUCUUUUGUCUAUUUCUAAAUCCCGUUUGUCAAAACUAAAGAUAGUGUGGAGCUUAUCAAAGCUUUUGUGUAUGUAUUGGUAUAUUUGUGCUAACAUAUGACUUAUUAGAAUGGCUUUUUGCACAUUUUAGCAGUACAACACUUCUGUGAUUUGGAAGGUUUUAGUAACAACUAUCGUCUUUCAGCAGUCUCUGAUGACUAGCUACCAGGGGGAAGAGAACUAAUGUGAACCCACAGGGAAAGUGGGGAUGGACUGAGGGGACUCUUAACACUAUUUUCGAUCUAUUCAUUGCCUUCCAUCAACAUGAAAAAUGGAAGCAUGUUGUCUUACAUUCAUCUCAGUAGUGUGUUCAUGUUGAGGUUUCUUCAGUUUAUUUGUGUUUCAGUACUACUUGCAAUUCAGUGGCCUUUAAAUGUAGGACACUGUGUAGUUGAAAUCCUGACUUAUAUGCGUCUUGUGUAUUGUAACACAUUUUUUAAAAAAAAGCUAAAUAAUUCUUUUGGAUUGUUUCCAGUCCUUUAUUUUGGUGUUUUUCUGUUUAAAUUCAAGAGUUUUGUAUGCUUAGGAAAACGACAUGUGUAGUAGCAAGAUGGGUUAUUUCUCAGCUUGAAAUUGGAAACUUUGAAACUCAGGAAAUUGCUCUGACAAUGUUUUAACUGCUUUCAAUUUAAGAAAAUGACAAAAUAUAUAAAAAAAAGACACAAAAAUAACGUGUGCUCUUUUUUCCAAGUGCUUUUUCUAAGUGCUUUUUCCGUUGUGCAAUUGAGGUGAAGUUUGAUAAUUUUUCUGUGUAGUGGUUAAAUAUUGCUUAUUUUUAUUUACAUGGUAAAGAAAACAGAUUUAAAUGUUUGCGUGGCCAAAAAAAUUUGUCAUCUAAAAGGUAAAGUAAGUUUAUGUAGAAUGUAUGUUAAUGGUGCUUAUUUUUAAAAUGUAAUUCAAGUUUACAGUGUUAAUUAAUGUCUCUCUGCAGAAUUUAUUAGAGAAAUAAGGCUAGAACACAUCUACAUCCUGAAGAGCUUUUUAUAACUUCACAUUAUAUGAUGACAAAUUUUAUUAUUUUCCUUGAGGUUGAGCAGUUGACUUUUAUGGUCCAAAUGAUGAACCCGUUAACACAUGACUGAAUUAACCGUGAGACUUUGCAUUAAAAUGUGACAUUACAGCUGUCAGUUGGGGAAUAUAUUAUAAACAUUUCAGACAGUAUAUCAGAAACAAUGCUUUCAUUUGUAUUAUAAAGAAAAUGUAAUUUUGCUGUUAUCGCUGUACUUUUUUAUUGAAAAUGUUUUAUAACUUUGCUUUUAAAAUUUCUUAUGAAACCAUUUGCAAAAUACAUACUUAAUUUAAUAAAAUACUUCAGCCACUGUC